AGCAGUUCAGCGGUGCGGACGAGUCCAUGUUCACGGCGACGCCACAUGCAAGACUCAUGGAGCCAUGGCCGAGGAUGUGGCAACGGUCAGCAGCAGCAACAGCAGUCUACCCGAGACUGUCAUCGUUUGCACACCGGAGCGUCCCACCGCCCUCACUGCCACCGUCAGCGACCGGCCCACGCCCUCGCGCCGCUUUUCCUCGGUGCGACGGAGCUCUGCGGCCAGCCGGGCACCCAGCCCCGUGGCCACCGAGCUCGACUCCGACGGCAGCGCCUCGCCGCGCGGCUCGCCGAGCCAUCCCCGGCUGAGCCAUCCAUCGCCACGGAAGGGCGGAGUGAGCCAGGACGAUUUGCUGAUGAUGCUCGAGGCCCCUGAAGCUGCAGAGGAGCCUAAAGAGGCACCCAAGGCAGACCAAGCACCGCUGCUCCCGGACCUCUCUGCGGUGGCAGCCGCCAAGCACCGCGCCGACGCCGAGUGCCUCACCGCACCCGAGCCAGUGGAAGCGGCAGAUGCGAUGGAAGCGGAGCAGGCACCUGGAGCUCCCGCGCCCGCAGCUCCCGCAGCCGAUGCACCGGAGCACGCGGCGGAGCACGAGUGGCUGAUGGGUUGCGUGGCACGUCCCCUGGAGCAGCUGCUCUUUGGCGACUCGCCCGAGCGCUCCCUUCGCAUCCACUCUCGGGCGCGGGAGCUGCUGGAGACGCCACCGGACGAGAGCGGCACAAAGGCAGCCAAAGCCAGCUCCAGUGCCCCGAGCCGUGUCCAGCCGCCCAGCAUCCGCCCAGACCCAGCGAAGAGGCCCCGCCUGGCCCCGCCCGACCCACCGAAGGAGCCGCGGCCGACACCCUCCACGGGCGCCAUCGACCUAGAGGCACCGCGGCCGGCAGCCCUCGGUGGCGUCCCCAGCACGGCACGGCCGGUGGAGCGCGCGGAGCGCCGGGCCAUGUGGUUCCUUCAAACGCUGCAUGGAGGGCCACAGGAGCGCGAGGAGAUCAGCUGUUUGGCAGAGGAGGACGAGAGCAUGAUGAAUGCAGCGCUCGAAACGGCUUUGAAUGCCUUGCGCCGAAAAGGCGUCACCUCCAGCGGCCCUGCAGCAGCAGCACAGCUUUUGAACGAGCUUGGUCAGGCGGCACAAGCAAAUCUGAACGGCCUGUGCUGUGUGCCACUGGAUAGCGAUCUGUACCGCUCCAUGCCUUCGGAGCUGCUCGGCGACCCGAAGGUCUCCGCUGCACGGCUUCCGCCGCGGCCGGGGAAAGGCGGAAAGGUCGCACGCGCGGCGCUGGCGGGGGCGGCGCUGCACCGAGCAAAGGAGGUCGUGACGCAGAUCUUGGAUGCCAUGGCUCCGGUGGUCUUCAAGAUCGGUAUCACCUGCACACCCUUUGUCCGCUGGCGCGCCUACGAACGUGAGGGCUACGAGCAGAUGCACCUGCUACAUGUCACUGAAGAGCCCGGCUUGGUGCAGAUGUUGGAAGCCGCUUUGAUCUCCGAGUUCCAAGCGCGGCCGGGCUGCCGGAACGUGGCCCGCGGCGGGGAAGGUCCCGUGGGCCGCGGGCCUUACUUCGCUUAUUUGGUCGUGGUCUCCUGCGGCGACGGCGUGGGGAUCCUGCCGAAGCGCGGAGUGAAGAGGACCGCCUGCAAGACUGCCGCGCGCAAGAAAAGGAAUAGGUGCCGAACGAGUGUUGGGGGGUGAAAAGAUUGGACAGUACAAGCUGAGCUUGCUUC